AUGGCAUCCUCCACAGCGUUGUCUUUAUCUUCAUCAUCCAGUUCAGAUAUUAAUGUUACCAUCGAAUCGUUUCUCGCCAGAUUGAGAAGGAGGCAGAUAGACUCACCAUAUGCCAUGGCACUAGAAACAUUACAGAUUCUCAAAAGGUUCAUAUCUGCCGCUCGUUGGUCUCACGUCAACGAGCUGAUUGAGCAAAUUAGAGAUCUAGCUAAUAGACUGGAGAAGGCUCAACCAACUGCGUUUUGUUGCGGCAACGUUAUAAAGAGAAUUCUAGCUGUUAUCCGUGAUGAGGUUGAAGAAGACUUACGCGAUAGCCUUGUUGGCAUAGAAAGCAAUGCAUUGAUUAAUACUGUCACAGAGCCCAUGAUCUCCUCGAUGUUUAACCUUCUGCAAAAACCAGAAAAUCAACAACAACCACAACAACAACCACAACAACUACAACAUAAACUACAGAAAAAUAACCAAAAAAGCAAAACAGACUUCCGUCAGGUAGCCAUCCAAGGUAUAAAAGAUCUUAUAGAUGAAAUCACAAAUAUAGAUGAUGGAAUUCAACAAAUUGCUAUCGACCUAAUCCAUGACCACGAACUUCUACUGACGCCGACACCCGAAUCCAAAACGGUUCUUAAAUUUCUUAUAAAGACUCGUGAAAGAAGUAAUAGAACCUUUACCGUUUUAGUUACUGAGGGAUUCCCAACCAAUACAUCGAAAGCACAUGAAUUUGCUAAGAAACUUGCACAACACAACAUAGAAACUAUAAUCAUACCUGAUUCAGCAGUAUUUGCCUUAAUGUCUCGGGUUGGAAAAGUAAUCAUCGGUACAAAAGCCGUUUUCGUUAACGGUGGUUCCAUAUCAUCAACAUCGGGUGUUUCUUCCGUUUGUGAAUGUGCUAGAGAAUUCAAAACACCCGUUUUCGCCGUUGCAGGUCUGUACAAGCUAUCCCCACUAUAUCCAUUUGAUGUUGAAAAAUUCGUUGAGUUUGGCGGUUCGCAAUGCGUGUUACCCUUAAUGGAUCCACAAAAUAGACUCGAUAUCAUAAAUCCAAUUACAGAUUACAUUCCACCGGAGAACAUAGAUAUCUAUAUCACUAACAUUGGAGGCUUUGCACCAAGUUUCAUAUAUCGUGUGGCGUGGGAUAACUACAAACAAGUUGAUGUUCAUUUAGAUCAAGUUUCUGCUUGA